AUGAAAGGCAAAGAUAUACAAGAUGCGAAUGCUAAUAUCGGAAUGAAAUCAACUACGACUCCGGGCUACUCGACCACGACUAGUGAACGCGCCCCACCCAAGCCGUUCUCAAACGUUCCCUUCCGCAAAGAUGAAGACUUCGUCGAGCGAAGUAGCAAAGAUGGAAGAAUCCUUGACAAGGUAGAUACAAUAUGCAUGCGUCCAGCAGGUCGCGCAGCACUUGUUGGACUUGGCGGUGUCGGCAAGUCACAGCUGGCUAUCGAAUACGCGCAUAGAGUCCGACGCCGAGCGUCAAAAGCAUGGAUAUUCUGGGUGCACGCAAGCCAUUCGGCACGGUUCGAAGAAGACGUCUACAAGAUGGCAGAAAGGAUUGGCUUAUCUCAAUCUGGUACUUCGUCGGAGUUUUUCUCGCGCGUUCGAAACUGGUUCAGUAACGAAGAUGUGGGAGAUUGGCUACUGAUCUUAGACAAUGUUGACGAUGAGAUGAAAGUCCCAUCACACACAGGCGGACAAGAUAUCUCCCUCGCAUCAUGGCUACCUCAGAGUGACAACGGAGCGAUAUUAGUUACCUCUCGCAACAUGGAUAUAGCCCGAGACAUAGUUGGUCGCCCACAGGACAUCAUCCUUGUAGACAUCAUGAGCAAACAAGAAGCCAUGCAGCUAUUAGGAGCCAAACUAGCAGACGUGACAGUCGACCAUGCAGAGGAACUAAUUGAUGCCCUCGAAUCGAUCCCGCUUGCUCUAGUCCAUGCAGCUGCGUACAUCAAUGAAAGCCGCCCUAGGAUUUCCACUCAAGCUUACAUGGCCCAUCUGAAGGAGACGAAAAAGCGAGUGCAAUUACUCCAUAAAUCUACCUUAGACAUACGUCGCGACCACCAUGCUCCAGACUCUGUACUUGCAUCCUGGCAGGUGUCGUUCGAGCAUAUCCAAAGGAAGUGGCCAUCGGCAGCAACAUUAUUGUCAUUCAUGAGCUUCUUUAAUCGCCAGGGCAUUCCAGAAUUCAUGGCCCGCCGUUAUGGAGAUGUGGGCUAUAUCAUGGAUCACGAUGCACCAAAAGAUGACCUGCAUAAAGCUCAGUUCGAUUACAGCAGAGACGUAGAGGUGCUUCGUGCAUUCUCCCUCGCCAAAGUCACGGAAUCGAUGGAUGCCCUCAACAUGCACGGCAUAGUACAACUUGCCACUCGAGAAUGGCUGCGUUCAAUCGAUGCCGAGAAGAGAGUAUACGAAGCAUUUGUUCAUAUCAUGGCUUCAGAAUUUCCGAAUGGAGAGUAUAUAAAUUGGGACAGGUGCAGGACAUUGUAUCCGCAUGUUUCGGUCAUCUUGGACACGCAGCCGCCGAAUGACGAAGCCAACGUAAACUCGGCUAUGGUACUCCACAAUGCUGGUUGGUUUGCUUGGCGGCAGGGACUCUUCGAGCAAGCAGAAGAUAUGCUGACAAAAGCCCUGGAUAUCCGUAUUAAGAUUUCUAGCGGUGGAGAUAUUCCAUCCAUGGUCAUUACCGGAAUCCUGGGGCUGGUGCUCGAGAACAGAGGGAAGUACGAGGCAGCCGAGAACAUGCACCGACGAGCUCUGGAGCUAAGCAAGCAACUGUUAGGAGAACAGCAUCGCUCCACGCUCACGAAUAUGCACAAUCUAGCUCUUGUGCUGCGGUUUCGUGGGAAUAUAGACGAGGCGGAAAAAAUACACACGCAAGUCCUUGCAGGAAGGAUCGAGACGCUGGGCGAGGAUCAUAUAGAGACACUAAUGAGCAGAGAAAACUUGGCUGACAUAUUGAGUCAGAAAGGGAAGCAUGAUGAAGCGAAAGAGAUUCUGCAACAGGUGGUAGAGAAGGCGACGACAGUUGUGGACCAGAAAGAUCCAAAUACAUUGACGAGCAGAAACAACUUGGCAAACGUGCUGAAUAGUCAAAAAGACUACGACGCAGCAGCAAAUCUGUACCAGGAAGUGCUUGAUCUAAGAAUAAAGAUGCUAGGCGAGGAACAUCGCGAAACUCUCAUAACCAUGAGCAACCUCGCUAACACGCUGAAUAGCCAAGGGAAGCACGAUGAAGCCGUGAAGGUGGGGAGGAAGGUGUUGGCUACAAGGAGGAGAGUACUUGGAGAUGACCACCCCGACACCCUCGUGAGUUUUGACAUUCUGGUUCAUGCACUUGAAUGCAAUGGUCAGAAAUUCGAGGCGGAUCAAGUGCAGCGGCAAGUGGAGUCGAUUAGAAUCAAAAUGAUUCGAAAGCUGCAGCAGGCCAAAGACCUUUCUGCGCAGGACCUGUCAUCCGCGGCGAGCGGCUCGCUAGUAAAGACAAGCCGACGGCGCAGCAGCAGCGGCAGUAGGCCAGCGGGUCGGUUUGUCGAACUGAUCAUCUGAGUUUGCGACCUCGUCGCUCAGACCUCACGCCACGGCAGGUUUAAGCCGAGUCGGACAAAGGAAGGGGGAAGCAGACUGUCCAAGCACCAGUGAUCUCUGCCGAGCGAACAGGCACGGGCGCCCUUCGCUUUUCAUGGUGCAGCUUCUGUUGUGCGUGGCUUGAUGUUGGGAUGUGGACAUGAACAGGCACGGAGACGAUACAGAGACGAGAAGCGGUGGAGGAGUCGAGAAGUGCUUUAUCGCGAUUGAAUCUAAUCAGUACGGGCAACGGUACGAUCUCCAGCCAUUCAGAAAGCGAAGCCCAAGAAAAUUCUGGGGCUCGGAAUGAAAGAAUAAGGUCGCCAUGUGAGCGCUUUGCGAAAACUUUGCCGUGCAUACUUUGCCCCACACACGCCAUCGCUGGUGCGCGCACGUCUGGGAUCA